CUCAAGGGGACGUGGGUGUGUCCCAGGGACUCAUCUGGAGGACCAUGGGGUGCAGCUCUUCAGGCAUCCCUCAGGAGAAGCCCAAGCCUGCCGGUCCACGUGACCAUACUCAUGGUAUUGGAACUUGUGAACAGAUAGCCAUAGCUGAAAAGCUAUCUGAGCUGAACAAGUGCAUGAUCCAGAUUGGUGAUCGAUCUGAAGCGGAAUGUGAUGCACCGCAGCAGCAACAGGACUUCGAUUCCUGGAAACACCAGAUUGACGCAUCGGACGUGGAAGCGCUCACAGAAGGGCAGACACUGCCCAUGAGCCAGUGGGCAGAUGUGCAGAAGGCCAAGAAGAUGAAUAAAUCCUUGAGCACCUUGGAGACUUUGAGUCUAGAGACGUGCCGCGAAAUGAGUCACCUUGAGACCUUAGAGACGUGCCGCUUUAGAAACUUUAGAACGUGCCGCUGAGCUGUGGAGCUGUGGAGUUUUGAUCGUAUGUUCACUCAGUCGAGCUGGUCGAAGAUCCUUCAGCCUUAAAGAAGGCAGUGAAGAAAAGACGGAUGGCUUUGGAGGCGUUGAAAGACCUAAGUUCAACUUUGUGCAGAUCGUGCUUUCGAAGUUGCAUGUGACGCUAGGAAGUUGCGACGUAUCGCAAUCAACUCCCAGAAAAGGAAAGGAGGGACAGCCGGUCAAAAUCGAGUUGCAAAGAUGCUCCAACUGAGGAGCCAAAAGACCGACGCGAAAGGCUUUGAGGAGGUGCAUGGAAUCCGCUGUAGUGCAAUGCUUCGCCUUUGUAUAGAGCGAAGUGAGUGAAUAGGAAGGGUGGAAUUCUCAUUUAGCAGAGUGUACAACUGUAAAUGUGAAGAUUAACCACAUGAUGUAUAAAUGUAAUUCAAUGUAAAUUGGUGUUGCUAGGUGUUGCUUGGUCCAAUUGCGGGUGAACUCCUUGAUCAUGGAGUCACCUGUGCAGCUCCCGAUGAGGGUUUGCAACCUUGCAACCUUUUCCAUGGGGCCGUUCUAAAUGGCCCCAUUGACUAGAGUCAAGCGACUUUUUGCUUGACUGGGCAUGUACAUUGGCAGGUAUGCUUCCAAAACUACUCAUUGUUGAGCCUGGUUUAACCACAGACAACCUUCUAGCAAUCUUGUUGAUGACCUGCAGCAGACCAAAGAACUCACGUCCAAGAAAAA